AUGACUUCAAGAGUAAGACGACUAGAUAAAUCAAUUUUACAAGUCGAGUCUAAUGAAGGUGAAGAAGAUGGUUCUCCCAUACUCAUGGAUAUUGAGGAUCAAAAUCAAUUGAUUCAAGACUUGUCAAUUCUGAAUCAAGUGUCAUUUGUUCAAUUCCAAAAAUUUCUUAUUGUAUUGAUACUUAUUGAAAUACCUAUCCACAUCAUUCUUCACUCAAUAGCACGACAUCAACAAGGAAAAUCAAUUAGAUCGAAUGUAGCGAAUUUGCUUAUACUUUGUUCAUUUGUGCUCUCACUUACAAUGGUACUCACAUCGUCCUUACCAUUACAAGGUUCAAUAAAGUAUUUGGAAUCAUUAGAUCCUAAAAUACGAUGGGGGUUAGAUAAGAUCAAAUAUGUUAAUGGUAUCAUAUGUGCACAAGUGUUUUACUUAUUUAUUAAUGGUGGCGAAUUCAAAUGGACUUUGAAUUUGAAUUAUAUUUUGCCAAUAAUUAAUUAUAUUAUGAUUGUUUUCGCUAAUAUGUGGUUCAUUAGAUUAGAUAAUGAUGUAAAGGAUUUAAUAAAAUUGAGAUACAAGUAUAAGAAUGUAUAA